UAUGUAGCACGAGGAGUCGCUCGCGAGGACCAUCCUCUUGACAGACAGCAGAUCUGCAGCCUCACUGACUGCUUCACCUGAACAAGCCCCAAACAGUGCCGAAGAGAGCCAAGAGUGAAGGCGAGCAGAAGGAGCGGGAGGUCCUCCAAUAAACCGAACAAAUAAAAUAAUUUAAAAUAAAAUAACGGAAAAAGAAGAAGGGAGAAGAAGAAGGAGGAGAGGGGACAGGAGGCAGCCGGCUGGCCGGGACACGCAGUCCGCCUGAGGGGAGAAAUCACCGCUACCACCGUCACAUCACAUCACAGCUCCGAAGAUAACAAAGAUGUGGAAGAAGAAGAUAUUCCUGGUCAUCAUUGCCAUCAGUACCAUCAGUCUUCUGCUGCACCAUGGGGGUCACUUGACCUGGACCAUGGAUGCCUUCCACCUCGGUUGUCCAGCCCUGCACUCUCACCCUUACUCCGGCCUGAAGCCUAAGCACAGUAACGUGGUUUUCCUGAAAACCCACAAAACAGCCAGCAGCACCAUGCAGAAUCUCCUCUUCCGCUUUGCAGAGCGCAACAACCUGACGGUGGCGUUACCCAUACAGGCCUGCGGCCACCAGUUCUGCUACCCGCGAUCCUUCACAACUCACUCUGUGCAUCAGCACACGCUACCGCCAAACAUCGUCACCAACCACAUGCGCUUCAAUAAGGCUGAGCUGAAACGACUGAUGCCAAAUGAUACGAUAUACGUCACGAUCCUGAGAGAGCCUGGCUCCAUGUUUGAGUCCUUGUUCAGUUACUAUAACCAGUACUGUCAGAGUUUCAAGAGGGUCCCUAAUGGUUCACUGGAAGCUUUCUUAGAUGAACCCUGGCGCUACUACAAACCAGAGGAGAACUACUCCAUGUAUGCACGUAACACCUUGACCUACGACUUGGGCGGAGACAAAGAUCGCCCAGCGAAAGAUAUCUCUUAUGCAAAAGCUUUUGUAGCACAGGUGGAGCGAGUGUUCUCCCUAGUGAUGAUCUCUGAGUACUUUGAUGAAUCUCUGGUUCUACUUCGACACCUCCUUUCCUGGGAUCUGGAUGACAUUUUGUAUGUUAAGCUCAACAUGCGGACGCCAAGUUCCAAGCAGGGCCUGACUGACGAUCUUCGCAAAAAGAUCCGUGCCUGGAACUCCUUAGAUGCCCAGCUCUAUGAUCACUUUAACGCUUCACUGUGGCGUCAAAUCUCUGCUGUGGGUCCAGCCUGUGUGGCGAGGGAGGUGCGCCUCCUUCGUGAGGCCCAGGAGAAGCUGAUGAAAAGGUGUUUCGGUGAAGGCAUGCCGCUUGUUCGUUCAGCUGCUGAAAUCAAAAACAAGGAGCUCCGCCCCUGGCAGCCUAGCGGCAAAGUCGACAUAGUCGGUUAUGACCUCCCUGUAAAUAUUACCCAAAGCUUCUCGAGCCAGGACCAGGAGCUCUGCCUGAGGCUCAUCAUGCCGGAAGUCCAGUACACAAAGAUGCUCCUACGUUCCCAGUUACUGCGGUACCGUCAGACCACUCAGGCUCGCCCUCAGCAGCAGUCACACUCCUUCCAGCAGCCCGUACGCACAGCCCUGCUUAGACAUCCAGCCCACCGCAGCCAGCCACCAGUGCCUGCUGCUGCAACCCCGGCCUCAGGAACUGGAAUCAACUCAAAGACUGCUGCAGGAACUCGAGGUCGGACAAAUAAGCAAGGGACAAAACCCUCACAAACUCAGUCCUCAUAGGCUGGAAAACUCCUCAUAGACUUGAAAAUUAUCCGAGUGCCCAACAAACUGCAUUGUUUAACUCAUCAUGACCCAUGAGACUAUGAUUGUUGGCUGGUCUGGGGUUUUUGGGGAAUAAGGCUAUCCUUGGGAAAUGUCUGGGUUUAUCUUGAAUUAGAGUAUCCCCUCUUCCUUCUAUGUGUGUUUGGUUUGACAUGAAAAUAAAUUAGGAAAAAGGGGAUUGGACAUACUUGGACUUGAAUUUUAAUCUUUCUCCUUUCCGAUCCAUCAGACCUUAUCAGGGUGGGAAGGCACAAAAGCUGGAGGAACACUGGGAGGGAAGUUUAACCCAGCUGUACGCCUCUGCAGCCCUGACUGCAGUGGAUAUGAGAGGGUUUCGGAUGAAAGUGGUUCUUUGAAGGAAAUCUGUUUCAUGCGACUGGGACUCAAUAGAGAAGUGGCGAUAUCGGGUCUAUUGUGCAGCACAGAGUGUGCUUUGUGUGUAUCACACUGGGAUAGUAUCAUGUUACUUGUGUUUGUUCUCCGUUUCUCAAGCUCUCAUUUGCUCUCUCUCUCUCCUAACAUAUGCCACUUAAAGUCCUUGAGGAGACAUAAUGACAUAAAGGGAUCAGCUGUCAGGCCUCCGAAGAGCCUCCUAAGAGGCCAGACAGACACUGAGAUCAACUCACAACCAUUAAUGUAACAGCACAAAACAACUCUUCCUUUUUUGGCCUUUUUUUUCUUACUAACUCUAGAGUUGAAAUCAGUGAAGGGACAGGGGAUAAAAAGGCCAGAGAGAUGGAGACCUUAUCCUGAGGGUAAGCCUAAAAACUGCUGGAUACUCAAUUUGGCCAUACAAGUCCCACAGAGACUGAGCACACGUGCGAAGCCUGUGUCCCGUCAGCUUUUUGACCUCCCUUUCUUCCUUCUAAGGUCCUUCUCUGCAUUCACCACCCUGUCAUUACGGCUGUUGCCCUCUGGGCAGGCUCUCCAUCCACCAAGAAGCACUAACAUCUUUUUUUCUCCAAUCCCCGGUACUUCAUCGAACAGCCAGACAAGAUCACACCUCACCUUGUGGAGACUCUGUUAAGGUGAUGCUUCUGGAUGUGGGGAUUUACUUUAAAGCUUGGGCGUUAUUGCAAUAAGAUCUCCAGGCCCUUCGCCCUGAAUAUGAAAGGCAUGGAUUUAAUAACCUACCAGCAACCCUGUGCCGCAUAUACAAUAAUCACACACACAUCAAACUCCUUGAUGGGACAAAGACUUGAAGCCUGUGGAUCGUGGCGCUUGAAUAUUUAAUCAUCUCCUCUCACGGGCCGCCUAUGGCCCGGGUUCUAGGGUUACACGGCUGUACGUUGUCAUUAAGGACAUGUUCAACCAGGUGAAAGCUGCUCAAUCCGAACGCUGAAGCACAGAAAGACAAAGGGAGAGCGUUAAUGCACGAUCCUUAAAGCCUCUUAAGGCAGCUGGGCCGACUGGGGUCUUAAAGAGUCUUCAUUUAUCUCGGCUGUGAUCCAUUUUUAAUGCUUUCUGCUCAUAUUUAAUGUGUCAUUUAUGUUCUUUUAUUACUCUGGUGAUCAGUAGGGUGCUGCUGAGGAAGUGAAGGAACAAUAUAGUUGUGUGAGAGUAUGUGUUUGAGCCAAGAAAUGUCUCUCGGCUCAUGUCGGGGGUUUUUUUGGUUUUUUUUUCUGUGGCCUGCAAGAUUUAUUAAACUAUGUAUUAUUUAUGAUCGGGACUUAAAGAGCCCCAUUAUUGUAUUUUAACUGGUAUUUUUCAUGAAUCACUGGAUGAAAACUACUUUUCCAUCGAUUUGGUGGUUCGUGGUGUGCACGGCUUACCACUUCAGGCAGCAGAGAUGGAACAAGGCAUGUGGAAACGGUUUAAAAUAUUAAUUCUGUACAUGUUAUACAUAAUGCAAAACUACAACAAACUGCACAUCGAACCUACUCUAGUGGCUUCAGAAUUAAUCUCCCAUUCAGCAGAGCUAAGUACUUAACCACACUACGUGUUUGUGGUUUGAGUGUGUCAAACCACAGGUAACAAUAAUAAUAAAAUAGACACACACAGCUGCUGCUCAGAAAUAAAAAGCAAUGAAGCCAUCAGGCAACAGACGCGAGGAGAGGAUGCACAGUUUUAUGAAGUAGCUGUGAGAAUCUGAAUGUGUGCAAUGCAUAAUAGUUUUUAUUUAUUAGACAUGUGAAAUGUCUUCAGAUAUGUGUAAAAACCUUUUCAGGUUACAUGCACUGUAAAACAUGGGCAAACAUGAAGAAGGCUGUGGUUUUGUAUUUUCUUGCUCCCAUGAAAAGACCAAAACCAGCAAUAUGUAAAUUGGUCUGCCAACUUCCUGCUGUGAAAGCACACCACAACUCCCUAAAGACGCCUCAGUACUGAGCAAAAGUCUAGAGUCACCCUUUAUUUCUUUAUAUGUUGUUAGAAAAAUGGGAAAUAGGUACGACAAUUUAUUGAAACAUAUGUAUACAAACAUGGUAACGCAGUGCGUACAAUUGUAAUGAGCUUGAAAGUCGGUGUUGGUAGGACCACCUUUAUUCUUCAGCACAGUCUGAACUCUCUUAGGCAGCUUUCUUGUUAUUGUUUUAAGUAGUCUUCAGGAAUAGUUUUCCAGGCUUCAAAGGACAUUCAAAACAUCCGCUGCUGUAAUGCAGCUCCCAACCAUGAAAGAACCUUCACCGUGUUUUACAGAUACCAGAACUGCUGCCACUGAUUUUCAGUCUUCUGUAGUUUGGCACACCUCAACCAUCUUUCCACUGAGACCAUUUCUGAUGAAGCUGCAGUGAACAUCAGAUGCAUGAGUUGAAGGUCCAGAUCCAUCUCUCAGGUCCUGUGUCAGGUCUUUGCUAGAUUCUUUCCUGUUUCAUAAGGACAUGAUCUUCAGAUACUGUUAAUCUGUUGUAGAUAGCUGUUUUUGGCCUGACACGCCUUUGGUUCUCAAUUUGUUCAGACACAAUCCAUUAAAACUGAUCAGCUACAAGCACAGGACUUGUCCAAAGAAAAGCUUUGAAAGAGCCUCAGAAAGCCUGGAGAACUAUUGCUCUUGCAUCAUUUUAAAGCUAUAGGAAAGAAUGAAAAGAGAUGAGGAUUGGCUCCAAACAUUUGCACAGUACUGUACAGUAGUACAGUUUGACUCAGUGAGUGUGUUUCAGAUAUUUUUGGACAACAAAGGCACUGGAGACAUCAAACUUGAUUGAUUAUAUGUCGUAAGAGCGAUGUGUUGUUGGCUUUUUCAGUAACAUAAAGUAUCAGCAGCCUUAUCCUUUACCAAAGCAGGGCUUCUCAAAAUCUUUGGGUCCUAGGACUCCUUACAGAGUCCUUACCUCAAAUCCUAACACUGGGUUAGCUAAUUUGGAUUAAGCAUUAGAUGAAAAGCUGACUGACUCACGCAUGUGUUCACUAACUCAAUAGUUGGCUAAUAAAUCCAGCUUUGCAGCAGCAAGACCACUUUGACUCUUUGAGUUUCUACUGGUGCAAAGUAAAGGACAAUAUAUAGCUAAUAGCAUAAAUUUAUCUAUUUAGCAAUUCCUUACUUGCUAAGAUGUUAUUACUCCGGACCUCUGAGACGUCCUCAGAUCCCACUCUGAGAAGCACGGCUGCAAAGGAGCUGGCAGCUGAUGCUGACUUUCAUCAUUCCCAAACAAACAAAAACCAUGACUGUGAAUGCAACUCCUAAAUUGCUUAAAGCACUUGUGAAUCUGCUAAUAUAAAACAAAUGAUACAUUAUCAAAAAGUAUUUGCAUUAAUUUUAAAUCUAGACCAAAAAAUGACUGAAAAUUGUUUUAUGUAUUUAUUUAUUUAUUGAACUGAACCAUGUUUGUUUUUCAUGCUUCACAUAAAGGACGAAAACCUGGUGUUAGAUUUGAUCUAACUGAUAAAGACAGACAGUUUGGAAUAAAAAAAGUAAUUAUCUUCAUUUUUUUCAGUGAAACUAUACAUUUAUACAUAUUUCUGCAAUUUUGGACACUUUGGGUCUCUACAGAGGUUUCUGAUAGUCGAAUGUAGUUUUUUUCUUUUACGUGAACUUUCAACUUAUGUUUGCAGUCAUUAAAUAAAAAAUUAAACGCGGGCAUCUGCAAACGCUCUUCUUCAGAUUUCCAUAUCUGACUGGGAUUCAGAUGAAGAACGUGUUUCCUGUCGACCGUUCAUUUGAGAGCCUGCCUCCGAGUGGCUGUAAGCGCUCUUUUGAUUGUACAAGACGUUUGCUCGGCUGUUCUGCUUCAUGUCAGAGUGUUUCGCUAAUGGUCCUGCUGUCAUGUCUAAAGUGUCGGCUAUUCUUUCUUGGGUUAUGCCAGAGGGGCUGUGAAAAUGGUACGCUAAAAAACAAAACAAAAACAAAAAAAACCUCAUCAUCUCCACAUUAGCUGGCCCCUCUUUUCUUGUGAGGGAGAAAUGUGAAGCUGCUUUAAAAAAACAAAAAAACUGGAACAUGAAAGCCUUGUGGGAUCAGAGCAUUUUUUUGUGUACCUGCUGAGCUUUUAUGUGUCACAGGGAAGUAAACAUGAACUGCAUUGUUGCCCACUGUCCUCUUUGAUGUGCACAUUAUGUUUUGGGAGGGGGUUAUCUGUGAACUGAGAAGAAUGAGAGAGUUUGGUUUUUUUGUAAUUCUGUGAAUACUUGGAUAAUGUUGGGUGGGUGAUACAGCUCUGAAGACAUGGCUAGUGACAAUCAGAGCUAGGGGCCCCAAAGCUUUGUAAUGAUGGUUGAUGAGAGGGAUGAAUAAAGUUUGAAUGAUUUCAA